CUUUAUUAGUGAUGCAGCCAUAAUCAUCUUUUUAAUUGAUUUAAGAAAAUAUAAUUGGGUAAAUGAAAAGAGGAGAAACAUAGAGUGCUUUGAUUGAAAUAGAUAGGUAAAUAAAAAAGCCCAAAUUUAACCAAAUGGAAAAAAAAAAACUCCAAUUAUUAAAAGCGUUAAUCUUAGUUUAGAUUGGAGCUUUAGGAGAAGCUUCAAAAAUAUCAAAUGAAAAUUUAAAUGAUGCUGAACUAGAAAUUAUUUAAUAGUAUUCUGGUCUAUGUAAGGAUCUAAACUUAAUGAAUAUUUAUUUUAAAAAAUUCAAACCCUAAACUCUAGAGUAGAAUAAAGAGCUUUAUUCUCAUUUAAUAUAAGCUCUUCUAUUUUAGGAUGCAUCAUAGAUUGCUAUAAAAAUUUACAAACAAGAAAAAGAAAAAAAUUAAGAAACUUUAAUGGAAUAUAUAGUGUUGCUAAGUUAAAAAGACGACAUGGGAGGGAAAAUUGUAGAAAUGUUUCUAAACAAAAUUACAUAAAAUAUUUCAUCAGAGAAGUAUUGGCUUUAAAUUAUUUAGUAAUUUGGAGGGUGAUGAAUUAGGAGCUUAAUUAAUUAAAUUUAAAAUGAAAUAUUACUAACACAAUACAAACAAAAAUGUGGAAAAAGUUUAAUAAAUUCUAGACAGUCAUGCUCCAUUAUUUGUUGAAUAUUAAUAGAAUGCAGCAAUCUCUCUUUGGAUUUAUUAGAAUAAUCCAACAGGUAUCAUUAAAUUUAAAUUUAGAUUUUACAUAUGAAUAAACUUUGAAAUACCAUUAUAAAGUUUAUAAUUCUUUAGCAACAGAUUAAAUAUUAAUUAAUUUUGAAUGUUAAGAAUAACUUGUCUUAGCAUUUUACACUGAAGCAUUUUAAUUAGAAAUUGAAUAAAUAGAAACACCUUUUUAAAUAGUUCCAAAAGAUAAACUUUUAAGUCAUAUUUACAAUAGUUGUUAAUUAUUAUUAACAUAAAUAAAAAAUGGUUUGGCAUAAAAAUAGCUUUUACUUAUUUCAUUAAAAAUAUUAAACUUAUCUUAAAAUUCAAGUGUUGAAGAAACAUUAAGAUUAGUUGAAUUAUUAUUUUAAUCUUAAGGUGAUAAGUAUACAUUUUGCACAGAAUUAUUUAAAGCCAUUCCUAAAUUGAAACUGCAUCAAGAAAUAUAUAAUAUUAUACAAAAAGUAAAAACAUAAUCUCAAUCAAAAGAAGCAUAAACUGUUGCUCAUAUUAAUUUAAAAAAGUUAGAGAUUUAUAUUUCACAAGAACCAACAAAAUAUCUUGAUGAAUUAAUUUAAUUAUAUUAAUCACAUUAUGUUCCAGAAAAAGUAGAAAAAGGAGAUAGAUUAUUAUAAGAUGAAUAUUUAAUGAUUGCUAUUGACAUUCUUUAUGAUGUCAACGAUUUUUAAAAAAUGAUAAAGAGUUUAGAAUUAAUUGAUUUAGGAUUGAAGAACUCUCCAUAUAAUUUUGAUUUCUUAUUUAGAUAAAUAAUUAUAUUAUGCGAAUUAGGAUUAUUAGAAUAAGCUAUUGAAUCAUUAACAAGACUAGAUAUAAAAGGAGUAUAAUUUGAAACUUUAGGAAUGACUUAUGCAAAAACAUUCCUUGAAUUUGGAAAUAAUUUAGAUUCGGUAGAAAAAAAGAAUUAAUAAGCCUUAAUGUUUUAUUUAGAAAAUAUAAGAGAAUCUAAAAAAAAUUUAAUGACAUCGUUCAAAAUGAAGAAUUAUGUACCCUUUGAAUCUUUUUAUCAAUUUGAAAAUUGGAUAUCUAAUUCUUAUAUAAAAUUAAUUUAUUAUUUUGUCUAAUGCAAUCUAUUCAAUGAAAAAUAAAAAUAAAAUUAUAAUACAGAAUAUUUUUGUUAGCAGAUAAAAAAUAAACUAUAAACUCCUUCAACUUUUUCAAUUUAAGAAACUCACUUUUAGAGCUAUUUCAUUAGAGAAUUUAAUAAUAAUUUAUUAAAAUAUGAUAAUUAUAUUGGAAUUUAUUAAAGUUAAAAAUAAUUACUUUUAGAAACUUUAUUUUUAGCUGUAAAUAAAAUUUUAUUCUAUAUAGUAUAAUAAUGGAAUUUCAGAAUUAAAAAAUGAUAUUUAAGAAUUAUAAAACGUUCUGAAUGUUUAUAAAGAAAUUGUUAAUAUCCAAUAAAAUUACAAUGAGAUUGAACUAAAUUACAGAAACCAAUUAGCAAAUUAGCCUUUACCAGUUAAAUAUUUAAUUGAUUACAAGGAGUAAUUUUUAUAAAUUGAUAUAUCUUUAGGUUGAUUAAUCAUGAAAGGGAACUUCGACUUUCAAUUGGAAGAUUUUACAUAGCUAUAUUUAAACCUUAAAAUGAUAUUCCAACAAAUGAUUAUUUAGUAGAUCUUUCAAAAUUUUAAGAUAUAAAGAAUAUCAUUUAAAAGAUAUUAAAUAAUGAAGAUAUUCCAACUAAUUUAAUUAGAAUAUUAAAUCGCAUUUAUAAACAUACUUUCCCUAUUUUGAUAGUACUUAUAAAACAAUCAACUGAAAUAAAAUCAAAGUUAUUUACUUUAUAAAAGAAGGCUUAAGGUGAAUUGAAAACUAUUUUAGAAAAAGCACAUAAAUAAAUAUCAUAGACUUUAAAUACAUUUAGAGAAGAAUUGGUUUAAUUUAGCACAGAUUUAUUAAUUUAUGUAAAGAAUGAAUUACCAAAAAAGAGAAUAGAACUAUUAAAGUAUUAAUUCUUAAAUAAAUUUUAGCAUGAGUCUGAAAAAUAAAUAGAUGAUUGAAACUUUAGACUCUAAUCUACAUUUUUAAGCUUUAUCAACAUAGACAAUGAUAGAAGAAAAGUUAAAGUAAUUGAGAUGA